UUUUAAAUGCACGUAUAUGGAAACAUGCUUUCAACUCGUUUUCAAGCCAGCAUGCCCCUGAAAAUAACGUUUUCGAGUUUCCGGGUUUUCCCGCAAGCUAUUUUCCCAAGUCUACACCUUUGACAGCUUGCGCUCUUGUGUAAUGUGGGGCUUGCUUUCUGUAUGCGUGUGUUGUACACAGGAUGCGGAUUAAGGACCCCCAGAAGUUAAGAUAGAAGUACAAUACUUCGAUUCACCCAUGAACCUGGCGCCCAGAUGCAUUGUUCUAUAGCUGUUUUUAGUCCCAUCCCGACCAAGAUGGUCUUUGGUAUUUUUAUUUUUUAUAUUUGCAAUCGAGUUGCGAAUAUAUUAUUACAAACAUUUAAGGCGAGCCCAUUCCUGUUUGCCAUUAAAUUAUUAACCAACAUAAAUCGGAAUCCCUGGCACGCCGCGCCGCUUUCGGAGCCUCGCCUGCUCCAGACGGUUACGAAAUCCGCUCCAAAUCCGAUGGCACAGAUGCCGGAAGUGGGUUGGACCGCCCAACAGUCGGUGACCAAGCCCAACCGGUUCGCCCGCAAAGACCAUCUGCUGCAUGGACAUCCACAUCCAUCCCCAGAAGGAAAAGUGGUUCGCCCGCGAAACCGGACUUGGACUAGAGGCAGGGACCCAACUAUAUGGACUACCUGUGGUACUUGGCGAUGGAGGUGCGUGCGCAUGUGCGUUUCAAGUGACCACCGAACAAAUCUUUGCACUGGGAAAAUAAUUCAAAUCGAAUGCGACUUAUUCAUCUAUGUAUAUUAUGAAUUGAAGCCCUGCAAGCGAAUGCGAAGAACCAUCCAAGAAACCAAGGGAUUAUUUGAAAUGCUUUUACUGUGGAUCUUGAAUCGAAUGCAUUGCGAUUAACUCUGAGCCCCUCGAGGACUGUGGUCAACCUAUUUUCUCAUCGUGUGAUCGGAUCACCCGCCGCGAAAUGCGUGCGCUUCCGUUUUGCUCGACUUGGCCUCCUUCCUCGUUCCGUUGAAGGCAGUCAUGGCCGGGUCAGUUCGUGCGACGCUCCUGGGUCUCCUCAUACAGAUCCUGUGCAAUGGGCUGGCCGGUCAGCAGCUGCUCCUCACACGUCCCCAAAGGAGCCUGUUCGAGGAUCCGCUGGGUCACGUAGAGCAAGUGGAGCACCUGCCCUCUUUGGGCUGGAGUGGUCUUGGCGGUGGACUCGGAGUGGGCGAGUGGCCCUAUAGCCCCGUUGGUCUUGGCCACAUGAGUAAGGAUGAGCUGCUGACCCUGCUGGAAGCCUGGAAGGAGGUGGAGGAGGAAUCGGCCACGACAACGACUGCGCCGCCAGCGGAUGCCACCACACGUAGACCUCCUCCGCCUCCACUGCCACCACCACCACCUCCUCCCCCCCGACCCAUACCCGUCUCCGUUGCAAUGCCUGCACCUGCUCUUCCGCCCUCCGGCACUCCCAUUACAGUGCGGCUGCCAGCCUUUGUGCCUGUGCGUCUGGCUGCCGUGUUAACUCCGCCUGCCAGUGGACAAGCUGGUAGUGCUGCUUCGUCUGCCAACGAAGUCGGAGAGGCUGGAGGAGAUGAUUUGGCCACCGUGGAAGUGCCAGAUGACGGCGUCACUACCCGGCUCUUUCGCUUUUUACCAAUGCCAGGAGCUCGAACCAGGCCGCAAUCCAAUUCACAGCCCAGGCAGCACUUUGUGGUGAGGAACACCCUGGACAGCGUGGAUGCAGGCACUGCCCCUGUCAGGCAGCAGGUUAAACCGGAAGUCCAGCCCAAGGCGACUGCUCCGCCUUCCACUCCCAAGUUCCCUGGCUACCCAACUCCCUCCUUUCGUCCCAGAUUUGGUGUGCCACCGAGUCUGGCCAACGCUCGAUUCGAGCUGGUGCCCUCUUCCCAAAUCAUCGGCGACUGGCGGGUGUGAGCCUGUGCAGCACCUGACUGAUCACGAUUGCACUGACCAAAACGGAGUACCUUCCGGGGAACCAACCAGGAUCGAGGUUUCGAAGGAGGCUGUCUGGCUAGGGUUCCCACUAUCCCCUAUGUAUUUUAUUUUAUUGUAUAAUAUUAUUUUUUUGUGCCCAAAUACAAUAUGCAAUCAGUCAUAGAU